AGGGCUGUUCCCCGGCAACUGGGAAGCUAUUUCAACGACGUUGGUGAAUUGGAAUGAUAACAUGGAACAGUAAUUUAUCGUGCGGAGAAAACCGGAGCAUUUAAACUCUGAUUACCAUGUUCAGGUGUCUUCUGUCUGCAGUGCCAAGAUAGGAAAUGGCAGGGACUCCAGAGAUUGAGCUGGAUCACAGGCCCCCUUAUGGUUCCCAGAGACAGCCCCCCAGUCCCCCCCUGGGCCAGGCCCUGCAGCCUCUGCAGCAGGGCAUCGUGAUCCAGCUGACCGGCACAGAGGGGGAAUGGGACAGUCUGGAAGAAUGUGAGGAAGACGGACUUUCUGUCUUCUCCCCCAAAGAGAAUCCCAGACCUAAGGAUGCGCAGCCGGAAAGGGACAGUGGCCACCACUCGUCUGCUUUCCCCAUCUCCCCGUCUACUCCUGGAUCUCUGGGGGACCUCUCCUUUUCGGCUUCCAGCUUCCUCUCCCCGCACUCCUCCUCAGCCACGGCGACCACGGCCCCCGGUCCGCUGGCCAGCCUGGUGAAGUCCUUAUCCACAGAGCUGGAGUGCAAAGAGACCUCCUCCCUAAAGUCCAGGCCUCUCCUCAGCCUGGUCAAAUCCAUCUCCACUGAGAUAUCACGUAGCGAGCCUGAGGUGUCUCAGUCCAAGUCAGACUCCAGGCUCAACCUCCAUCUCUGGAGACAGCUGACCCAGCCCAAGGGUCGCAAUGGAGACUCCAGGACUGCUCCCCCUUCCCCUAGUAGCCUCUCCCCCUCUGAGCCAAAAAUGGGCUUCUUCAAGGUGGAGCUUGAGGACACUCGUCGCAAGCUGUCAGAAGCCAUGCAGGAGCCCUUCAGCAUGUUCAGCAAGAUCAUGGGGGACGAGAGCACAGGCAGCCCUAAACCGCAGAGGGCAACAUGGCCUUCUGACUCCCCCAGCUACAAGGGGGCCUGCGGAGAGAAAUCGACUGGUGACGCAGUGGUUGCUGAGACCCACAGCAGGAGCAGUAAGGUCCCUCUGAGGCCGUGCUACUCUGCCGAGCUCAGCGGUAAACUGGAGGUCUGCACGUACGGCGAUCUCAUUCAGGCGGUGGAGGUAGAUGGUAGAGGAGGGCCACAUGGACUCCUGGGAGACGUAGUCUCAGCACGGCCGUCUGCCCCUGUGCCAGGUAUGUGGCUGCUUUGUGUAACUAUGGUGGCCUACAGCUACCUUAUUCUGCCUCUGCCCUCCUACUUGUCCGGUCUGGCACUGGGCCUGGCCUGUGGCUUUAUGGCAGGACUGCUGCUAGUCCUCCUGGUGACUCCCCGGCACCUGACUCACCUGCACCAGAUUGCCCUGAGCCUGGAUGAGCAUCCCCAGUCCCACUUCCUCAGUGGGGAACACAGAGAACCAGGGGUCCUAAAGGGCUGGAUGAAUGAAAUGCAGGCAUAUGACCCAGAGACUCACCAUCCGUCCCUCACCCACUCCGUAUAUGCCACCCUGGAGGGCUCCUCCCUACGCCUGGAAUACCCCGGGAGCAACAUCCCUCGCUGGGCCACAUUCGACAAGCCACCCCAUGACACUGUGUUUGUCAGAGCUUGCUGCUUCCAGCUGGCCAACAGCAAGGUUUUUCUGUUACCUCCAGCUCUGGCACGAAAGAGGGUGUGGAAUAAGAAGUACCCCAUCUGCAUUAUGCUGGCCAAAGGACAGGACUGCACUGAGGAAGAUGCUAUAGAGGAAGUUGAUGAAGAGGUGCAGGGAGCUGACCGUCACACGCCCUGUGCCACCCAUUCGGGCCUCCCUGUCAUUCUCUACCUCUUCAGCAGGACAGGAAGAGAGAAGGAAGAAUGGUUUCAGCACUUUCUGUCUGCUUCCAUGACUCAAGACAAAGAAAGCCACAGCUUAUGUGGCUCUAUGCUUGAUGCUUCUGGCCCAUGUGGGUACAGUCCCCCAGACCAAGCGCAGUGCAGUGGGACAUCCAGCAGGGGGAGCACUGAAGACAUUCCCUCCAUUCUGCGUCUGCGGGAUCUUGCAGGCAGCGUGAGGGAGAAGAUCCUAUUGGAUUACAACACCUACAUGUCCCGCUUCAUCAGCUCAGAGAGCGGAAGCCCUCUUCCCAGCCCCUGUCAAGCUGCUGAAGACAGCCCCACAGCCCAGAAGAAGUUGUUCUGUGAGUACUCAGACAGCCAUGUUGAACCUCAGCCUGUCUGGAUCAAUGCCCUCAUAGGAAGAAUCUUCUGGGACUUCCUGCGUGAAAAGUAUUGGUCAGAUCAGGUUGCCCAUAAAAUCCAGAAGAAGCUGGGCAAAAUCAAGUUGCCGUACUUCAUGAACGAGCUCACUCUGACAGAGUUGGACAUGGGCACCAGCAUGCCUCAAGUAAUAAGCACCUCCAAACCUUCAGUCAACCAUAGAGGACUGUGGCUGGAGCUGCAGGUUGUCUAUACUGGCUGCCUGCAGAUGACCCUCGAGACCAAGAUGGAUCUGUGCAAGUUGGGCAAGGAGAGCGGAUUGGAGGCGAACAGUAUGCCAGAGACAGACAGCAUGGCCUCCCGGCCUCUGCUGUGUGUUCUGGCGAACAGCGAUGAGGAGUCUUCCAGUGCAGGUUCCUCUGAUGAAGAGGAAUUACCCCCCUCUGAGCCCCUGGGGAAUCUGGGAGAGAGUAGUGCUGCACCUGGCACUGAAAGUCAUGGUGGUGGCAGUACAAGCAGGAAGAUUCUGAGGUUUGUUGACAAGAUUGCCAAGUCCAAGUAUUUCCAGAAGGCCACAGAGAACGAAUACAUCAAGAAAAAAAUAGAAGAGAUGUCCAAUACUCCCCUGUUGCUCACUGUGGAAGUACAGGAGCUGUCUGGGACCCUGGCUGUUAAUAUUCCUCCUCCCCCCACGGACAGAAUAUGGUACAGCUUCUGUGUGCCUCCCAGAUUGGAUCUACAUGUACGUCCAAAACUUGGGGAGAGAGAGGUCACCUUCUCUCACGUCACCGAAUGGAUCGAGGGGAAGUUACAGAAGGAGUUCCAGAAAGUCUUUGUGAUGCCAAACAUGGAUGAUAUCUAUCUGCCUCUCAUGCGUUCCGGUCUCGACAAUCCUCCAGCGUCCCAGUAUUCCCCAGCUGAAUCUUCACGCCAAUCGUCCUUGGACUCAAUGGAAAAGCUAGUGCAGGAAAAUGCAGCAAACCCUACCUAGUACCUCUCAGAGGAGAUGUGGAAACGCUGUCUGAAACUGCAAAAUCUCCAUGGGAAAGGGUAAUGAACUACAGAACCCGCUUAUUUUUGAGACCUUUGAGACUUGCACACCAGGGUGCUGUGCUAGCUGAAAAAGCCCAUGGAAUUAGCGAUGUAGCAAUGUGGGGAUAUCCACACGGAGGGAUGCACCAGGAGCCCCUGAAACCCCUGCCACAUUAAUACUGCAGCACUUAAAGUCUGGACUGAGGAAGCGCUGUCGGAAAGAAUAGAUUUUUUACUUUGCUUCAGAUAUGUGUACAUGUGCCAUACAGUAUACUGAGAUUUUUUUUAGGCGUGCAUCUCAUUGAAAUGAUCCCGAUGCCAAAAAAGCGGAC